CGAAACCUUGCUAAUCCCGCCGCAAUACCCCACGACUCGUUGUUCUGUGGUUGUUUCCGUGAGAAAAGGACAACACGAGGACGGUCAUCGUGCUAGAAGAAGUCUUUCGCUUUCCCCAGACCGCAUCCGGCUUGCCAACUGCGACCCGAGAACCCUGGCGAUUCACGACGGGGAGAUCCCGCGACUCUUUGACGACAACGGGGAGAAGUUUUUGUAUCAGGAUGUGAUGAAGCCGAGUUUGGAAAAAGUUUUUCG